ACGGUAAAAUGGCGGCGGCGGCGGCCGCCGCUGGCCGGAGCUGGAGGCGGGUCUCGUCAUUCACGGGGCCGGUGCCCCGCUCCCGCCACGGCCACCGUGCCGUGGCUAUCCGCGAGCUGCUCAUCAUCUUCGGCGGCGGCAACGAGGGCAUCGCCGACGAGCUGCACGUCUACAACACGGUUACAAAUCAGUGGUUUCUUCCUGCUGUUAGAGGAGAUAUCCCCCCAGGCUGUGCAGCUCAUGGUUUUGUUUGUGACGGCACCAGAAUACUAGUAUUUGGAGGAAUGGUUGAAUAUGGAAGAUACAGUAAUGAUAUAUAUGAAUUACAGGCAAGUCGAUGGCUGUGGAAAAAAGUAAAACCCCAGCCUCCAUCUACUGGUUCCCCACCUUGUCCUCGACUUGGUCACAGUUUUUCAUUAUACGGCAACAAGUGUUACUUAUUUGGUGGCCUUGCAAAUGAAAGUGAAGAUUCAAACAAUAAUGUUCCCAGAUAUUUAAAUGACUUCUAUGAACUGGAACUACAACAUGGUUCUGGAGUCAUAGGUUGGAGCAUUCCAGUGACAAAAGGGAUCUUGCCUUCUCCUCGAGAAUCUCACACAUCCAUCAUAUAUUGCAGAAAAGAUUUGGGAAUUCCAAAGAUGUAUAUUUUUGGAGGGAUGUGUGGCUGUCGACUUAAUGACCUUUGGGAACUUGACAUAGGAACAAUGACCUGGUCAAGACCAGAAACUAAAGGGACAGUGCCACUUCCCCGCAGUCUCCAUACGGCCAAUGUAAUAGGAAACAAAAUGUAUGUUUUUGGUGGAUGGGUUCCACAGGCAGCAGAGGGUGAGAUUUCUGCUCAGGAUAGUGAAUGGAAGUGUACCAGUUCAUUUUCUUACCUAAAUUUGGAUACCACAGAAUGGAUAAGUCUAAUACCAGAUUGUCCGGAAGACAACAGUAAUUUGUUACCAGGGCCAAGAGCUGGACACUGUGCUGUGGCAGUUGGCACUCGGCUCUACAUCUGGAGUGGUAGAGAUGGUUACAGGAAAGCUUGGAACAAUCAAGUUUGCUGCAAGGAUCUUUGGUAUCUAGAUACUGAAAAGCCACCAGCACCAUCACAGGUGCAGCUGAUCAGAGCUACUACUAAUUCUUUUCAAGUUAAGUGGGAUGAAGUUCCUACGGUUGAAGGAUAUCUUCUUCAAUUAAAUGCUGAUUUGCCAGUGUCUGGAAUACCUGUCACCGGGGUUCCUGAAGCAUCAUUGCUGAGUUCACAGGGUGCUCCUGUUAUACAUCAAAGUCAGCAAUCUGUGAAUAUGGUGCUUCCCCCAGAAAUCAAGCUGGAUCUUCAUGGCCAUGCAAAUAACAUGGUUCCUAAUAAUGUACAUGUUUCUGUUUCAUCUAAUUCAUUAUUAAAACUAGAAGCUAAAGAAAAUAAGACAGAACCUGAAAAUACGGUUGUGCAAGAAACUACAAAAAACCAUACAGAUUCUAAAGGAUCCAAAGAGUCAAAUGCCCCUUCGUUUUUGCCAGCUUGCACUUCAGGUCUUCAGGCUUCAGCUAAUGUAGGUGAAUUGCAUGACUUGGAGACACGAACUGUAAAUCCUGAUGCUUCUGUAUCCAGUAAUAUCUCCAGCACACAAACUAUGGUAACCCAGCAGGCUGUUAAAACUGAGUCAUCAAGUACAAAUGGGGCAGUUGUUAAAGAUGAAACUUCACUAACAACAUUCAAUUCAAAAUCUGAAGUGGAUGAAUCAACUUUUAUAAUGCAGUCAAAUAGGGUCAGCCCUGGACAAAGAAAUGAUACAAGUGAACACUUACCUAAAACUACCCCAUUAAGGCAGAUGGCAACAGUGAAAACAAGAGAACGACAGUGGUAUGAUGUGGGAAUUUUUAAAAACAGCAGUGCUUUGGUGAGCCAGUUCUACUUGCUACCAGAAGAAAAAGCAAGCAUCUCAAACAAGACGGAAAAGGAAGAUGUUCCAGACUACAGGUUACUUAAGAAACAGGAUCUCCUUCCAGGCACGGUGUACAGGUUCAGAGUUGCUGCAAUUAAUGGGUGUGGUGUAGGCCCUUUUAGUAAAGUCAGUGAAUUUAAAACUUGCAUCCCUGGUUUUCCUGGGGCGCCUUCAACGGUCAAAAUCAGCAAGAGUGUGGAUUGCAUUCAUCUUUCAUGGGAGCCUCCUGUUUCACCCUCUGGAAAUAUCUUGGAAUAUUCAGCUUACUUAGCUGUUCGUACCACACACAUACAGGAAAAUCCAAAUCAGCUUAUGUUUAUGAAAAUAUACUGUGGUCUUAAAACAUCUUGUAUAGUGACUGCUGCACAGCUUUCAAAUGCCCAUGUUGAUUACACUGCUAGACCUGCUAUUGUAUUCAGGAUUUCUGCAAAGAAUGAGAGAGGAUAUGGACCAGCCACUCAAGUUCGAUGGCUCCAAGAAAUGAAAACAUCAAAUUUAAAGUAGAAGCAGUGUAAUAAGUCAAGUUUGAAUGUAAUAGUUAUAAUUAACACUUGUACUAUUUUGUAAAUGCUCCAAAUAUUUUAUUUUUGCAUCGUUUUUUAUCUUAAAAUUAUAUAGCCUCUCUUUUUUCAUUUUAAGCAUCAGCAUUAUAUCACCUUGCCUGGGUUUAAUUACUCCAUGGAAUUAGUUUUUAUGGAAGGUGGAAAAAUUAGAUUCUGACCAUUUUCUAUUUAAUAGUCACUUUGAUAGUUAAUUUUAACUAUCACCUGUUUUUUAAAUCGAUAAUUGGCUUUUGAAGCAGAAUUUAAUCUUGUGCACCUGUGAUUGUUACAGAUUUCUGCCACUUGUGCUAGUAUUCAAAGAUGAGCUUGUAGGGAAUGUGAUUGCACAGUUAUUUCAUGAAGACUUGGUCUGUGAGCAAAUUAUUUUUGAGUUGUAUACCACAUUGUUGCUGUGGUAUGGGUGCAAGAAAACAUUUCCAGUUAUUAUAUAGUAACUUAAAAUGUAUAGGAUAUUUUAAUAUAUGCUUUUUGUAAAGAAACAAUUUUUUUCUACUAUUUGUUACAAAUAUCUUAACUCUUUAAAGGUAUCCCCUAAAGAUAUACAAAAUAUAGAAACAAGUCAUUUUUCUUAAGAAAAACAAACUCAAUGUAAAUGCACUACUAGUAGUUAUGAUUUUUCCUUUUCUAGUUGUACAAAUCUUAAACUUGUAAAUAUAAAAUGUUUACAAGAGGCCUUUUUGGUCUAUUAUUAAACCCUCCAUGGGAUUCAUUCUUCUUGUUUUUAUCCAUAUGCUCUGCUUUUAGCAUAUGCUUGCUUUUUGCACUAAAAAUAACUUACCUCAUUCUUUUGUUUGUAAUCAGUUGUUUGCUUCCAUAACAUUUCUGUAAUGCUUCUGUUUAAAAAUUUAACCAAAGUUUUAAAAUACGUGGUAAGCAGUUUUGCACAUAUUAUGCUAACUUUGUAAACAUACCUAUUCCAGUUAGGAUUCAUAAGUGCUCAUUUGCUUUACUUAUAUACUCUCCCCAUCAAGUCCAUUAUUUUCCUUUUUACCUAGCUAUCAUUUUUUUUAUCAAGUAGCUUGCUAUUUAGGUCAGAAAGAACCGCUGUUGGGAAGAGAGGUUGAUCCAUUCCUGUGCUAAAGAAAACAUUUGUUUGCAGUAGUGAAACAGAGGUAACAUUUUAAAUCCUGCUUAUAAAAAAUUGUUUACCAAAGUGUAGAGUAAAAUGGCUGAGCUGUGCAAGGUUUUUAGCUGAAUAAAUUGAGGCAUUUAAUAAGAUUUUUUUAUCAAAUCUGAAUUUCUGCACAUGUGCAAUGAAAUUUAUACUUUGCACUUUAAACUUGUCCCUCAAUGCCAAAAAAAAUGUAUCAAGGUUGAAUUACAUGCUUCUUCUCCUUAAACUUGUCUUAAGAACCCUCUAAAUAUAGAAUAUAAAACAAGUAUGAACAUACCUGUUUCACUUUUUUGUGGGGGAAGAAUUGGGAAAGUAUUCUUGAAGAGAUUUAAUAACCCAGAUAUUCUUGAGCAAAUUUUAUGGCCAAGUUUUUGGACCCUUGAAAGUAGAGUUCAUAAUGGAAGUGCUAAUACAGCCUUAGCUAGUGCAGCACAAUCUGUAAUGCCACAUGGAAAUGCUGGGGAUCUUAAAUCCUCAAUGUAUAGUUGAUUUAUGACAUAAGAGUAAUAUAAAUAACUUGACUCCAAAGAGGAAGAGGAAAAAACCCUUGUGUUUUUGUUUAUGAUGACUGAUGUCAGCAGAUUCACUAGAAGCAGUGUUUACAUUCUGAAAAUGUAUGAUAAGGCUUUUUCCUGCAGAUGGACAGGUUUUAAAACAUUUUGUUUAAGUCUGCUUCAUCAGUUUAGUCUUUGAUGCUAUCUAUUAGGGGUGUGCGAAGCUUCGGUUGCCGAUUUGAUUCUGAGACGAUUCGGCCCAAUUCAGAGGCUAAAUCA